UUUUUUUUUCCCCCUGAAAGGAUUCUAGAGAAGCUCCGUUAGAUUUUUCAGAAGAAGGGGUCUCGAGUAAAAGGAAGAAAAAAACAACGCUGGGGGAAGUUAAAGGCAGCGUCCAGAAGUUCAUCCCUUCUUCUGACUUUUUGGGUGAAACCACAUGAAAGACGCGAGAAGAGGACGCGUGUGUUUGCCUUUGUUCUGUGCGUUUUGCUCCUUUUCCAGCCUGAGAGGACUUAACACCAUCAGAGGCGAUGAGAUGUGAGUGAGCUAUGCCUUGUGGAAAUGGACAGACUUUAUCCAAGCGAAAACAUGGCGUCUGCGUCCCGAGGCUUAGCUUCUUUUCCAGUCUGCUUGUGGCGCUCUGCUGCCUGGAGGUCUGGGGCUCCGGGCCGCAGGGGGACGGCGGCGGCGGCGGCGGCGGCCGGAGCUGCAGCCCGUGUCCCGUCAACUGCAGCUGCGCUCUGGUGGGGCCACAACCGUCCUGCGUCGUCAACUGCUCCAACAUCGGGCUGGAAAGGGCCCCGGACAUCCCGCUGGCCACCAACGUGCUAGAUCUGUCCAAGAACCACAUCUCCUCUCUCGAUACCAGCCUGCUAGAUCGUCUCACCGGCCUCAAAGAGCUGUAUCUCCAAGGGAACAGGAUCAAUGUUCUUCCCAGAGGAGUCUUCUGCUGUGGGCCGCUGUCAGUCCUUGAUUUGAGCAACAACCAAAUCACCACCAUAGAAGAACGGAUAUGCGACAACCUGUGUAAUUUAACUCAAAUGUAAGUAUUCGCAAUUCUUUGAUGAACUCUGUGUUUCUGAGCUUCUGUGUCUCUACAAUAAAUAUAGAAAUGAUGUAAGCACACACACACAUGCGCUGAUCGGCUACAGCAUUAAACCCAGUGACAG